UAUGGACCUCUUAUUUGGUUGUACAAUAUAUAGUAUAGUUUUUCCAGCCUCUAUUUGCAAGCAAGCUGCUGAAAUUAAACUUAUUAAUCCCUCCACAAUUAAUUAUCUUCAUUAUAAUUAAUUCUUUUAGGGCACAAAUAUUUUCUCCUGGUCAGAAUCAUAGAAAAAGUAUACUAAAUUAGGACGAAGAACUUAAGGAUCGAUAAUGGGAAGGGGGAAGAUCGUGAUCGAAAGGAUCGAUAACUCAACGAGUAGGCAGGUGACUUUCUCAAAGAGGAGAAAGGGUUUAUUGAAGAAAUCUAAAGAGCUUGCUAUUCUUUGUGAUGCUGAAGUUGGAGUUAUCAUAUUUUCCAGCACUUCAAAGCUUUAUGAGUAUUCCAGCUCGAGCAUGAAAUCAGUUAUUGAAAGAUAUAACAAAGCUAAGCAUGUGCAACACCAUAUGAACUCAGAAUCUGAACUAAAGUUUUGGCGACAGGAGGCUGAAAUCACAAGGCAGCAGCUGCAGGACCUGCACGAAAGCUACCGGCAACUUAUGGGACAAAAGCUCUCCUGUCUAAACAUAGAGGAGCUGCAAUCCCUAGAAGAGCAACUAGAAAUGAGUCUUCGAGGGGUUCGUAUGAAAAAGGAACAGAUCCUUACAAAUGAUAUUCGAGAGCUUAACCACAAGGGGAAUAUCAUUCAGCAGGAAAAUAUGGAGCUAUGCGAAAAGGUAAACCUUAUGCGUCAAGAAAACACCGAAAUGUGUAAGAAGCUUUAUAGUGUGGGAAACGCGACUGAAGUCAGCAGCAAUUCCUUGAUGCCGAAUGGUUUAACCACCAGAGGUGAUCCACAUGAGCUAAUCCAUCUUCGAUUAAGCCAUCCUGAAAGGCACAGAAAUCAGGCAAUAGGAGAAACAACAGUAUUGGGCAGACUAUAACUGUAUGAAGAAGUUAAGCAUAUAUGGAUCAAGAAGUGUGAUUAAAGUUUAUAACAUCGCCAUGAACAAAUUUUUUUCUACAAGAGACAAAAGUAGUGCAUGAAGCUAGCAAGAUUGGUAUCAGAAUGUUGCUACUCUAGCAAAGUAAUAUUGUAAAAACUUCAUAGUAAUGAAGGUCAAAAGUGCAUAUUGAGCAUAUCAAACGCUCUGCUUUCUUUUUCUUUUGGCUUAUGGGAAGGUGGCUGAAUAUGGAAGUCUCUUUUUAUCAACUUAACUACAAGAGUAAAGAGAAAUAUCAUCAUAA